AUGGAUUUAGUUCACUAAUGGCGUGUCUUCCUGUAACACACGAUAUAACGUCAAAAUGGCUAAGAAAAAAGGCGAUGAGAAAGUGAAUGCCGCACCCCAAAGUGAUAAUGAGGAGCAGAGUCUUGACGAGAAGCCAAAUUUUGAUGAUCCAGAAGGAUUCGUGGACGAUAUCACAGACGAGGAGCUCCUAGCGGACGUUUUGGAAUCCAAGCCUAAGGAGUCUGAUGGGUAUGAGAACGUCGUCGUGGUGGACGGGUGUCCGCAGGUCGGACCUGAGCGGCUCGAAAAACUUCAAAGCGUCAUAAAUAAGAUCUUCAGCAAGUUCGGGAAGAUUGUCAACGAGUAUUACCCCACGACUGAAAAUGGUCUAACAACAGGAUACAUAUUCUUGGAGUAUAACAACCCACAAAAUGCCGCGGAGGCUGUUGCCGCCACUAAUAAUUGUAAAUUAGACAAGCAGCACACAUUUUUAGUGAAUCUUUUUACUGAUUUUAAGAAAUAUUCUGACAUCCCCAAAGAAUGGGAGCCACCGUCACCUCAGCCUUUCAAGGUGCAGUCAGACCUGCAAUGGUAUCUGAUGGAUCCUGAUGCAUAUGACCAGUUCCUUGUUGGUAUAGGAACUGGAACAGCGCUGCAAGUGUGGCAGAAUGCCCUGCCCGAGCCCAUUGUGUUACAGGAGAGGCCGAACUGGACUGAGACUUAUGCUGUAUGGUCUCCCCUAGGCACAUAUGUAGCAACGUUCCACUGGCGUGGUGUAGCUUUGUGGGCUGGCCCCAAGUUCAGUCAGUUCCAAAAGUUCUUCCACCCCGAGGCCAGAUUCAUAUCAUUUUCACCAUGCGAGAACUACAUUGUGACCUUCUCACCAACUGGCGAUAGAGGGGAUGAUAAGAAACUUAUUAUUUGGGAUAUUAGGACUGGCCUAGAAAAGCGUAGUUUCCCACCGCCGGAUGAGUAUGUAACCUGGCCGAUUUUCCGCUGGAGCAAAGAUGAUAGGUUCUUUGCCAGACUUGGUCAAGAUGUGCUCUCUGUUUAUGAAACACCAAGCUUUGGAUUGUUGGACAAGAAGUCUAUUAAAAUACCUGGUAUUAGAGAUUUCUGCUGGUCACCAUCGGACAACAUUCUUGCAUAUUGGGUAGCUGAAGACAAAGACGUGCCAGCCAGAGUAACACUACUGGAACUGCCCAACCGCACUGAAAUACGUUCUAAAAAUCUUUUCUCAGUAGCAGACUGUAAGAUACAUUGGCAAAAAAGCGGUGACUACCUUUGCGUCAAAGUAGACCGCUACUCCAAAGUGAAGAAAGACAAAAAUGAUAUUAAAUACUCAGGAAUGUAUUACAACUUUGAAAUAUUCCACAUGCGUGAGAAAGAGAUUCCAGUUGACUCUGUAGAAAUCAAAGAACCGAUCCAAGCGUUCGCAUGGGAACCUAUUGGCUCCAAAUUUGCCAUAAUACACGGUGAUACAGCGAAUGUUUGUAUCAGUUUCUACCAAGUGAAUACUGGACAGGCUCCGACUUUGUUGAAGAAGUUUGAGAGAACGCCGUUCAAUCAUCUGUUUUGGUCGCCGAUGGGACAGUUUAUAGUGCUAGCUAAUCUAGGCUUAACUGGUGGAGCUUUGGAGUUCUUGGACACCAAUGAUUUCACUAUCAUGAACGUGUCUGAUCAUUACCAGAUGUCUGGCAUUGAGUGGGACCCAACUGGUCGGUAUGUAGUGACGGGCGUGUCAUCUCUCAAGUGCAAGAUGGACUGCGGUUACUACCUCUGGUCAUUCCAAGGCAAGAUCCUAAGGAGAGUAAUGAAAGAGGGCUUCGCUCAGUUCUUGUGGAGACCUCGGCCACCCACACUGUUGUCUGACAAACAACAGAAGGAAAUCAAGAAGAACCUCAAGAAAUACUACUCUCAGUUCGAGUCCAAGGAUCGCAUGCGAAGCAACAAAGCCAGCAAGGAACUAGUAGCUAAGAGAACUGAGCAGAUGAAGAAACACGUGGAGUACCGUGAAAUGAAGGCACAGGAAUGGGCCGAGCAAAAGCCUCGACGGCUGGAGCUGAGAAAUUAUGUAGAUACGGACGCUAUCGAUACGGAACCGUCGGGUUCGGUGGAGGAAGUAGUAGAAUUCUUUAUCAAAGAGGAAAAAACCGUCAUCGAGUAGUCGCCAUUCUUCGCUACGUUCAGAGGUCGGACCUUUAACUCCGACCUCCUCGAUAACCGGUUUGAACCGGUUCGUACUUGUUAAAGUCAGUUUUUAAAAUAUCUCACGUAAAAAAUAAUCACCAUUUACUUAAUAAAUAGACAGCAUAUAAAAAGUU